AUGUCAGAGCCCCGUGAUAAUUCGGUCGACAUUGGUGGCGAUAUGCAGUUCCAUGAUGAAUCUAGUGAAGACGACGAGUUGUCAUCGAGAUUGUUGUCAUCCUCCCCUUCCCCGACCAUCAUCACGGCCACAAAGAAGCAGCAAAAGAACUUCAUGCCAUGGUUGAAUCUAGCCUUACUGUCCGUCAACCUGGUGUUCAUUGCCUACACUGUGAUAUACUCGUGGCAGAGUAUUACCUGGGUCAAGUUCCAGAGGCACUAUUGCCCAGAACUGCCGUUCUCUCCCAGAGACACUGGAAUCAAGUACGAGAACACUAUCAUGCAUCUUGAGAACGCCGGGAAUCCAUUUGCAGGAGAACUCGGCCCUGAAGUAGACAAGGCAUGGGACGAACUACUGGCCUGGAGCAAUAUCCGUGUCUCUGGAGAUGAACUUCGGAAAUUCGGUGAACUGGGCGACGACAAUGUUGCUCUGGCAAACAGUGAGGGCUACGUGGGAACACUCCGGGUCUUCCACGAGUUACAUUGCAUGAGCUGGAUCAAACGCGAGUACUCGAACCUCAACCGGAGCUUUGAAGAAUUGGACCCGUCCACCAAGACCGGCCGAUAUCGUGAGGAGCAUUUCGAUCAUUGUCUCAAUGUCAUUUUGCAGGGCGUGCAAUGUCGCGCUGACAUGACCACGAGCUCAUGGUGGAUCGACAAAAGUAACAUGAACAGGCCCCUGAUCAACCGCAGAAACGCCACCCACACGUGUGUGAAUUGGGGGUCGGUCCAGGACUGGAUUCGACCUCGUGUUCUCAGCGAUGAUGCAAAGGCUGCUCACCCCUCUGGAGAAAAGGUUGGACUGCGUGAGUUAUUUAGACUGUCCAAGCCUACCUAG